AUGGCCGCCGUGAAGUCCCUCCUCCUCGUGCUCCUCGCCGUCGUCGCCAUCCUUAUUGGGCAGACGGUGAAGGUAUGGUCGUCGCGCUCGCCGGCGAACUUCACCCCAGGGGGCCCCUACGAUACGAACCUCCGCGGCAUGCUCAAGGACCUGGUCACCCUCGCGGUCUCCUACGGAGGCUACAGCAACGACACGGCCGGCGACGUCCCCGACCAGCCCUACGGUCUCGCCAUCUGCUACGCCGACGCUCCCCCGGCGGUGUGCCGGCUCUGCCUCGACAUGGCGGUCGGGAACGUGACGCUCGCGUGCCCGCGCUCCGCCGGCGCCGCCAUGAUGUACAACAACAGCCUGCUCCGGUACGCGAACGCGAGCUUCCUGUCGCGCCCCGACAUGGUGCAGAGGUUCUCCUUCUACAACAACCUGACCCGCGCCGUGGACGCCGCCAUCUACGCUGCCGCGCUGGGGCGGCUCAUGGACCGCCUGGCCCCCGCCGCCGCCGCGUCGCUGCGGUUCUUCGCGUACGGGCGCACGAACAUCACUGGUGACAAGAGCCUGUACGGGUUCGCGCAGUGCGUGACGGACCUGUCGCCGGACGACUGCCGCCGCUGCCUCCAGCGCAUCGCGGCGUCGUUGCCCAUAUGGACGAGAGGAGGGCGCGCCUACUCACUGACCUGCUACACGCGUUUCGAGGUGGUACCGUUCUACACGCCGGCCAACACGCAGACCAUCGUCGCCGUGGCGCCGACGCCACAGCCAGAGCCGUCGCCGGGCGCACCAACAGUGGAGACGAAGUUCCGAGGUGAGCUCAUCUCCCAAGUUAUUAUUAUUGUUGUUGUUAGGUAA